UUGGCAGUCCUGCCUGGGAAAGCAGCUGCACUGUGGUGCUAUAACCUUAGAAAACCUUAACCCCAUCUAAACGACACUUUAAAAUGGAAGCAGCAACGUCUCCGUAACAGUCUCAUGAGCGGGGCUGGAGAAAUGGCUCAGCAGUAAAGAACACUCCUUGCUCUAGCAGAAGACCCACAUGGUGCCUCACAAGCACCCUUAAGUCCAGUUCAGAUGGAGCUGGCUCCUAAAGGCGCCAGACUCAUGUUGGAAACCCAGCGUUUGCUGGCUGAACCAGUUCCUGGCAUUAAAGCUGAACCAGAUGAGAGCAACGCCCGUUAUUUCCAUGUGGUCAUUGCUGGCCCCCAGGAUUCCCCCUUUGAGGGAGGGACUUUUAAACUUGAACUAUUCCUUCCAGAAGAAUACCCAAUGGCAGCACCUAAAGUACGUUUCAUGACCAAAAUUUAUCAUCCUAAUGUAGACAAGUUGGGAAGAAUAUGUUUAGAUAUUUUGAAAGAUAAGUGGUCCCCAGCACUGCAGAUCCGCACAGUUCUGCUAUCAAUCCAGGCUUUGUUAAGUGCUCCUAAUCCAGAUGAUCCGUUAGCAAAUGAUGUAGCCGAGCAGUGGAAGACCAAUGAAGCCCAAGCCAUAGAAACAGCGAGAGCAUGGACUAGGCUAUAUGCCAUGAAUAAUAUUUAAGUCGAUCAGAUCAUCGAGUGUACAUCACUUCUCCUGUUCUGCCAAGACUCUUCCUUUUUUUGUUUGCAUUUAAUGGACACAGUCUUAGAAACAUUACAGAAUAAAAGCCCAGGCAUCCUCAUCUUUGGUGAUUACAUGCACAUUAGCAAAUCUCUGUCUUGUCCUGAUUCACUGUUGUAAAGCAUGAGCAGAGGCUAGAAGUAUCAUCCGGGUGUUGUGACAUGUUGAAAGCAGUGGCUCUGCUGGGAUUCGCUUCCCCAUCAUGGUUUAAGUACAAAGCACUGUGAAGGAAGGUAGUUGUCAGGGUUAGCUGCCAGGGGUAUGGGUGUUUUUAUUUUAUUUUUUAGGGGGAAAGUAGUUUUAUUUUAAUUUUACGGUCUCCUUUCCCCCUCCCCCUCUUAUGGGAUCUAAUUGCAGUGGUUAAAUGCAGCUAACCAGUUUUUUAGAAUAUGCUCUCUAGCCAAGUCUAACUUUAGACGCUGUAGAUGGACAAGCUUUGAUUGUCUGAACCAAAUGGGAACAUUAAAUAAACAUCACAGCCCUCACUAAUAACAUUGUGACUUUGCUGUCGAGUGUAGAUUCUCUGCCCCACCCCCCAAGAAGAAACAAAAGCUUGUGACCAUUUUGUAUGGCUUGUCUGGAAACUUCUGUAAAUCUUAUGUUUUAGUAAAGUAUUUUUUGUUAUUCUCCUU